AUGUCGCAUCUGACCGAAUUUGUGCAAGGACCUGAUUCUGGUCACCUGGGAAAAGGAAUACAAGAAGGUGCUACCGCCCUUACCGGCGGUAUUGAAGCCUGGCAAGGAUACUAUCAAUCAGCUCGUCCGACAAAAGGAAAAAUCAUGAUCAAUGUCGAUUUGAGUGCAACAACAUUUUACGAAUCGGGCCCUUUAAUAAUGCUGGUUACGAAAUUACUUAGUCGACGUACACCCGAUGACCUCCGCCGAGGAAUUGCCGGAAAAGAGCGUGUUAAGAUCGAAAGAUCAUUAAAAAAUCUAAAAAUUAAGGUUACACAUCGAGGGGAAAGCGUCUCUAGGCGUCGUUUCAAGGUCAGCAAAGUCACCGAAACUCCGGCGUAUCGAACUAUAUUCGAUAUGGGCGACGGUUCUACUACUAAUGUAGCAGACUACUUCGAGAGAACCUACGGCAAACGCCUAUCUUACCCUAAUCUUCCUUGUGUGGUUGUUUCGAGGAAUAAUUAUUUACCACUGGAAGUUUGUGAAGUGAUUAAGGAACAGCGUUAUAUCCGCAAACUAGAUGAAAAGCAAACUGCCGAUAUGAUCAGGUUCACCUGUCAAUCUCCUCAUAUACGAGCAAACAAAAUUCGGCAGGGUGUGGAAAUUCUUAACUACCGUGGUAAUGAAUAUCUUCAACAAUUCGGGGUGACUGUCUCUAAUGACAUGGCCGUGAGUAUUCCUAAUAAGACACCGCCAAUAAUGUAUUCCAACCCACAGGGAGAUGUUGAAGCCUCUCUCAAGAAAGCAUGGCUUCGUGCUGGGAACGCAGCCAAAGCACAACCGCAAUUGAUCUUAUGCAUUUUGCCAAACACCGGCGUUCUUCUUUAUGCAGAAAUCAAAAGAGUCACCGAUACUAUCAUCGGAGUACCCAGUCAAUGCAUUCAAGGUCGGCAUAUGAUGCAAGCAAAGAAACAAUAUUGCGCUAAUGUUUGUCUGAAACUCAAUAUCAAACUUGGUGGAAUGAACGUUUACAUUAACCCUGCACAAAUUCCAUUUGUCUCCGAUCGCCCGACAAUUCUGAUGGGCGCUGAUAUUUCUCAUCCAUCACCUGGAAAUUCCGCUAGCCCUUCUAUUUCCGCUGUUUGCGCGUCAUUAGAUGCGAAAGCUUCACGAUAUUCCACGACAAUCCGGAUUCAAACGGGACACGCCGAAAUAAUAGCUGAUUUGGCCUCUAUGGUCAAAGAACUCUUGAAAAACUUUUACCAAACUUGCGGUAGAAAACCAGAAAGAAUUCUCUUUUAUCGUGAUGGCGUGUCCGAAGGUCAAUUUGUUCAUGUGAUGAAUGAAGAAAUUAAAGCUGUGAGAC